AUGAAGAAGUACUGCGAGAGCGAUAUUAAAAUUCUCAUCACUAUAAAUAAGUAUUGCAGGUCUUCUUUAUUAUAUUGUCUACUGGAAUGCCACACAAAUAAAGCCUGAACACUUUACCCAAACCUGUCAAAAGGAUUGAAAAUCAACCCGACAAAAAUAUGGAAACUGAAAUUGAGUGGCAGCUGCUGAUUUAUUCCUGAAAAGGCAAAGAAAUCGAAACAAAAUAGUCCCUAUUGCCUACUAUUCAAAAGACUGGUGCCUCAUGAAACCCAAAUGACAACUGAAGAAAGACCUUUACAAAAAAAAAGGGAGAAAAUAUAUGCAAUUAUAGCAGCCUACAUCGGUCUUUAUGGCGCUGCAAGAAAUGAUAUUAAAAUAAUUGGAAACAAAUGCAAUAAUAUCCUCAAGGUUUCAAUUGAAAAAACUUUCAAAAUUUGGAAAAUCCGUGCCUAG